GGAAGAAAAUGGCUGCUGCUGUGAGUUUUUUUUCAAUGAAGGCACUGAAAUAAUAUCUUGUUUCUUGCAUUGGAGUUACGAUCUAUAAUAAUGCAACUCGUAAGGGUUUGAAUGGUCGCUAUAUGGAGGUGACGGUGUGGGGCUAAGGACAGCUAAGUCUCCUGCUGACCAUCACUCACCCAAAUAACGGUUGGCAGACCACAAUGCAACACGUUUUGGAAUAUGCAUUGGAUCGGGCUGAGUACAUUGUUGAAAGUGCUCGUCAAAGGCCAGCGAAGAGGAGAGCCUCAUCCGGAGGGAAGAGGAGUUUAUACCAGAAACUAUACGAGCUCUACAUCGAAGAGUGUGACAAAGAACCAGAGCUCAAGAAGCUGCGUAGGAAUGUGAACCUACUGGAGAAGCUAAUGUGUCAAGAGUCAGUGUCGUGUCUGGUCGUCAACCUCUACCCUGGCAACCAGGGAUACUCCCUCAUGCUCCGCGGCAAGAAUGGAUCUGACUCUGAGACGAUCCGUCUGCCGUAUGAGGAAGGCCAGCUGUUGGAGUACCUGGAUGCUGAGGAGCUUCCUCCUAUCCUGGUGGAUCUCUUAGAGAAGUCCCAGGUGAACAUCUUCCACUGUGGCUGUGUGGUAGCUGAGGUCCGAGACUACAGACAGUCUGGCAAUACUAAGAUGCCCUCCUUCCAGAGCAGACACGUCCUGCUACGGCCCACCAUGCAGACACUGAUCUGUGACGUCCAUGCCAUGACCAGUGACCACCACAAAUGGACUCAGGAUGAUAAGUUCCAGUUGGAGAGCCAGUUACUGCUGGCCACAGCUGAUCCUCUGUGUCUGGAUCCAUCUAUCUCUGUCACCUGUACAGCCAACCACCUGCUCUAUAACAAGCAGAAGAUGAACACUCACUCUAUGAAACGUUGUUUUAAGCGUCACUCUCGGGCGGCGUUGAACCGUCAGCAGGAGCUGUCCUACCUGCCUAUGCCCCCCCAGCUGCGUCUCUAUGACUACCUGCAGAGGAGGAAGGAGAGGAAGCCGGCCCCCUCGAUAGACCUGAAGAUCUCCAAGGCCGGAAAUUGUGUGGACAUGUGGAAGCAGAGCAACUGCCAGCUGACUGUCCCCAAGGAGAUUGAUGUGGAGAAAUACGCAGUGGUGGAGAAGUCUGUGAAGCUGGAGGAAUCUCAACCCACUGUAUGGCCUGCAGAGGAAGUGAUAGAUGACUAUACGUUUGAGUGUGAGGUUGGGGGUAAGACCCAGAGGACCAAGGUGUCCAUCUUCCAGUCGGUGGGCGACCCUCUGGUCUACGGAAAGAUCUACUGCGCCAAACAACCCAAAGUUGAGGAGGACAGCAGCGACCUUCAGAUCCUACACCCAUCUUUCCUAAUAGGCUCAAAGAUAGAUGCCAGUCGGUUCCUGUCCCAGUAUAAGGGUGUGUAUGAGUCAGACGUGAAGUGCCAGGUGAAGAUGUCUCAUAACUCAGGAUUUGUGGGACGGAACCGGCUCUCACCCAGCAGAGAGACAGAGGCGGAUGGUCUAUCAGCCCUGGUUCAGUCGUCGGGUGUGUUGGGGAAGGGGGUGAAGCACCGGCCUCCCCCUAUCAAACUACCCUCCGCGUCGGGCAGCAGCUCCACGGGUAACCUGUAUAGUUCAGCCCAGGCUACCAGUGGUCUCCUUAAGUGUCCUACGCCCCCCCCAGGAACAGGCCCCAGCUCAGCCAAGCCCCAGUCACUGAGUAGGAAGCACUCUGUGGAGCUGGGGCAGGGGUUACAGCUGGGCGGGCAGUUAGGCCAGGUGGGGUUGUUGUCCCCGGUAGCCCUAUCUCCCAUGGGAACAACACAGAGAUCGGGGACCCCCAAACCCUCCACCCCCACCAGCACCCCCUGUUCCACCCCUCACCCCCGACUCCUCCUCUCCCUCUGUCCCCUCCCGUCCUCUGUCACCCCCACCCCCCUGGAGCCCCAGGCCCUCCUGGCUCCGUACCCUCAGCAGCAGCUGUCCCUGUCCCAGGCUUUGCCCGUCAUGACCAUCCCUCUUCCCACCAUGGGAACCUCCAUCACAACGGGGACCAGCUCCUCUCAGGUCAUGGCUAACCCUGCUGGACUCAACUUCAUCAACGUGGUGGGAUCUGUCUGCAGUCCCCAGACUCUGAUGAAUUCUAGUCAAAUGUUGGGUCCUGGUCUCAACCUGAGUGGUCUAGGAGGACUGAUGCCUACCAUGCAACCAACCACACAAACAGGGAGUCCAUUUGGUUUGAACACUAGUCCAGGCCUUAGACCCCUCAACCUGCUACAGAUCCCUACAGGUCCUCUGAUCUUUAACUCUCUGCAGCAGCAGCAGCAGCUGUCCCAGUUCUCUCCUCAACAGAGUCAGUCUGCUACGUCCAGCCCACAGCAGCAAGGAGACAUGGGUGAUCAGGGGUCAGACCAGGGUAUGGGUGCUCAACAGACUGCUGUCAUCAACCUGACUGGAGUAGGAAGCUUUAAGUCCCCACAGACAGCAGUGCUGUCCCAGUUAGGCUGUGGUCUGGAUGGCUCUGGUCCCCCCCUGCCUUCUCCAAGGCUUCAGCAGCCGCAGAUACAAUUGCAAUUCUUGCACCAAAUGCAGCAGCAAAUGGCUAUGAGGGGGGCGGGGCCUCCGGGGGUGUCGCCACGGCUACAUACCGCCAGCCAACCAAGAAGUAAGAGGAAGAGGAGCACACCGCAGCCCCAUCCCUAAUCAUGACGAUGACGACCCCCUACACACACACACACACUCAUAAAAUGACCCCCAGCCAUCUGGUGAGCAAUGCCAUGGCACCUCCCCAAAUCAUGGAGAGAAAACCAACCCCUUCCCCUUCAUGAAGACAUGAAUGAUCCAAACUGCACUCUCCUCCCUCACUGUGGAGACUCUGCCUCCCAACUCCCUCACUGCGGAGACUCGGUUGCCUCCCAACUCCCUCACUGUGGAGACUCGGUUGCCUCCCAACUCCCUCACUGUGGAGACUCGGUUGCCUCCCAACUCCCUCACUGUGGAGACUACAGGCAAAAAUACUUGUUCUAUUGUAGCGGAGAGAAGAUGAAAUGUAUGAUGUAAUAAUGGAUAACACUUUCUCACCCAGCACCAUAACACGUAAUGUCACGGUCACAACAUAUUUAGACUGGUUGUGACAUGUAUUGUGUUAUAUGGCUGUUGUGACACCUACCUAAGUGUCAAAACCUACCACACAAGGCAAAACAUUCCAUUGCACCGUAACCUACGUGUCAACAGUACAUUUGUUAUAACAUUUUUUUUUUUUUAUGUACCAUAUUAAUUGUAAUUGAUGUCAGACAUGCACCUAGUCCAAUGCUCUGUUGUUGAUGACUGGGAUGAAUGCAGGACAAGACACCCUCUUUGUGACUGACACCUAGUCCAAUGCUCUGUUGUUGAUGACUGGGAUGAAUGCAGGACAAGACACCCUCUUUGUGACUGACACCUAGUCCAAUGCUCUGUUGUUGAUGACUGGGAUGAAUGCAGGACAAGACACCCUCUUUGUGACUGACACCUGGGAGUCCAAUGCUCUGUUGUUGAUGACUGGGAUGAAUGCAGGACAAGACACCCUCUUUGUGACUGACACCUAGUCCAAUGCUCUGUUGUUGAUGACUGGGAUGAAUGCAGGACAAGACACCCUCUUUGUGACUGACACCUAGUCCAAUGCUCUGUUGUUGAUGACUGGGAUGAAUGCAGGACAAGACACCCUCUUUGUGACUGACACCUAGUCCAAUGCUCUGUUGUUGAUGACUGGGAUGAAUGCAGGACAAGACACCCUCUUUGUGACUGACACCUAGUCCAAUGCUCUGUUGUUGAUGACUGGGAUGAAUGCAGGACAAGACACCCUCUUUGUGACUGACACCUAGUCCAAUGCUCUGUUGUUGAUGACUGGGAUGAAUGCAGGACAAGACACCCUCUUUGUGACUGACACCUAGUCCAAUGCUCUGUUGUUGAUGACUGGGAUGAAUGCAGGACAAGACACCCUCUUUGUGACUGACACAAGGACAUGUACGCGAAAGGACUGAUUAUGACGGGCAUAAAGUGUAUUUUCUACACGUUUUUUUUUAUUAAUAUGAUGGAACAAAAACUUAAAGGAUUUAAAGGUUGUUUUUUUUUUUUUAAAGGAACUUUGCCUGAGGAAAAAAAACUGAUUUGAGUUAGUGGGUUUUGACACUUUUGCAGGGGUUUUCGCCAGCCAUAAAAUAACACAAUGUCACAACUGGGGUAAAUACAUGGGUCAUAACAGUGUGUUGACCGUAUUGAGAGGUUAUGGGUGUAGAGUAAAGUGUAAUCAAUAAUGCUUUUGGUUGGUGUGAAUCAGGUUGUCCCGACGACCAUAGAACUGUUUUUUAGAAACAGAGAACCCACCGUUUUUAAAAUAACCUAUUUUUGAAAUGUGUUAGGAAAUGAUGCGUUCUUUUGUUAGUGGGAGGUGUUUCCUCCCCCGACGGCUGUCCUGUCCCCCCCUGCGGCGACUCGAACAGAGCCUAACUCAUGGACGGACAGCACAACUCAGAAGACUCCUCGUCAACGGCCGUGCCUGAUUCUCCAUGGCUUUGGGUGCAUCUGAAAAUGGGUCACUAUUCCCUUCAUAGUGUACUACUGUUGAUCAGGCUCUGGUUAAAACUAGUGCACUAUGUAGGAAAUAGUGUGCCAUUUUACGGUCACAGAAUAGCUCUCUCUGCGGGAAGAUGAUCAUGACGGCGAACACAGAACUUGUUUUCCCAGCAUGCAAUUGCUGAGUGCGUUUUUCAUACGGCAUUUUCUUGUACUAGUGUGGAGGGGGGAGGGGGGGGCGGCUGGGCAGUCAAGAACAAGUGUAUAUUUGUGUGAGACAUUUCUGGGACACUGAGGCAGAAUGUUUUAAAUGGUCUUUAUCAGCAGUUUGUUGUGAUAAAGAAAAUAUAUAUUGACAGGAAAAUACAACUUUUAGAGAGAAAUAAACGUGUGUUUGUGUUUA